UAUAGGUGACGUAACUCUAUCUCCGCGUUGAGUGACCGUCACCGCUCGUAUCCUAUGGGUGACACCGCUCUCCACUCGCUCCGCGUGCGUGACGUCCUCCACUCGCUCUCUAUAUUGACGUCACCACUCGCUCCCUAUCGGUGACGUAAACACUUGCUUAUCCCCGUGGAUGUGACGUCAUCGAAACGAGGCAAAACAGUGGCGCUGGUGUGGGAGAAGCCGUCGCUGGUUCUGUCGGGGUUGGGGUUAGGGGUAGUGGAGGAGGAGGAGACAGUGGAAGGGAACUGGUUGCUCGUGGCGGCGUCAGCGACUGUGAGUUGCAAGAGACAAAGACAACCGUGGGAGCCGGAUACAUGACUGUCAUUGGCAUUUAGGGCCUACAGCAAAUCUCACCGAGAGUGCGCAACGUCUCGGAAGCUCGGCGAACGCGAGAGCCAUGGAGUCCCCAGAGAUGGUGUUUACACUUGCCUACCUCCUUUUUUGUGUAUGCUUCUUGCUGACCCCCACGGAGUUCCGCUCGGCGGGAAUCACGGUGCAAGGGCUCUUCUCGGGGUGGCUGGGUAGUGAGGAUCUCGACUUUGUGCGCUACCAUACACGGCGCACCACCACCACCAUGGUUGUGCAUGCCCUCCUGCCUCUUGGUUACUACAUCGGAAUGGGCUUCACUGUACCAAAAGCACAACUAUUUUACUUCCACAAGGCCAGUGACAGCUGGAGGAUGUACCUGCUCGUCUCCCUCAUCGUGCCUGCUUGCUUGGGCACGCUGGGAUUUUUUUGGUCACGGAAUGGCUGGGGAAACCAUCCACUUGCACGGGCGCUUGCCCGCCAUGUUUCAUCUUCCAUGAGUUGGCGAAUCGCUGCUGUGUCGCUGAACACAGAGUUCCGACGCAUUGACAAGUUUGCCACGGGUCCUCCGGAGGCAAGAGUCAUUGUCACAGAUUCUUGGGUGGUGAAGGUGACUCCUUACAAAGUGAACGUGGCUCAGCAGCGCGACAUACACCUGACCUUGAUCGAGUCACGGCAGCACUCGCUGUCGCCUGAAACAAGUUCUGCCAUUCAGUUCCUCACCAUACGCGUGGUCAGCAUCACCCCAGGCGUGCCAGCUUUCGAUAUUAGGUUGAACUCGACAGAAUAUGGAGAACUGCGAGAGAAGUUGCAUGCCCCAAUACGCAAUGCUCGCAACGUGGUCAUCCACCAAACGCUCAGCGACCUCUUCCUGGAGGCUUUCAAGACUCAAGUGGAGCUCAAUGACUGCUACUACAUGCCAGUCGGGCAGCCGCAGGAGACGGAGCCAUGCAUCGGAUGCAUGCAGGUGCCAGCCACCGUGAAGCUGCACAAACAGUGCGAUGGGAACGCCGAGGGAGAGUGUCAGACUUGCUUCUGCCGUCCCAUGUGGUGCCUCACGUGCAUGGGCAAGUGGUUUGCCAGCCGGCAGGACCAGCAGCACCCGGAGGUGUGGCUAUCGAGCCGAGCGCCGUGCCCCACGUGCCGCGCCAGGUUCUGCAUCCUUGACGUGGCUCUCGUACGAUAACCGCACGCUUGUAAAUGUUUGGUCCAGUGUUAUUUUGAGCAUCUCGGGCACAAAUGUUUCCAGAUCUUAAAUGCAAUUGAUGGAUUUUUUUUAUAUUUUGAAAAUUUAAAACACUGACCCCCCCCCCCCACUUCCUACUUCGAGGAAAAUAAUACAAAAAGUUUAAAAGAUCUCUUGUACAUUUCUUGGACAAAGUGGGUGAAAAUGUAAAGCAUCCAUCUGGUUUUGUUAAACGUUUACUUUGUUUAAAAAUAAAUAAAAUACAGUCUACGUUUACUAA